ACGGAGGGAGGGGUGAGGAGGAGCUGCGUCUCUGACGAGAGAAGGCGGGGUCAGGACCAGCAACAGCAUCAGCUGCGCGGCUCGCUUUGACAGGGAAGGUGGGAGGGAGUGCGUGGCAGGAGCGGCAGUAGUAGCCGCCAGCCGCUGUAGGGAAGCAGGUGAGCGAAGCAGCAGGGAUGGAGCCCGUGGCGUCAAGGAGAGGAGGAGGAGGACGACGACGACAAGAAGGGGAGGAGGAGGGGUGUUAGCGGUGACGAGCGGCAAGUGAGGAGACGGCCCGGUCUGGACCGCCGCAGGGAGUGAGAAGGUAGCGGACCCGGACCUGGAUCCGGGAGGAUGGGCAACGCCGACUCCAAGCUCAACUUCAGGAAGGCAGUGAUCCAGCUCACUACUAAGACCCAGCCUGUAGAGGCAACAGAUGAUGCCUUCUGGGACCAGUUCUGGGCAGAUACAGCUACUUCAGUGCAAGAUGUUUUUGCUCUUGUUCCUGCUGCAGAAAUCAGAGCUGUGAGGGAAGAAUCUCCUUCAAAUUUGGCUACUUUGUGCUAUAAGGCAGUAGAAAAGCUGGUGCAGGGAGCUGAGAGUGGCUGUCACUCUGAGAAAGAAAAGCAGAUUGUCCUGAAUUGUAGCCGCCUGUUGACCCGCAUCCUACCUUAUAUCUUUGAGGAUCCUGACUGGAGAGGCUUCUUCUGGUCAACUGUCCCUGGGGCUGGUCGAGGAGGGGGAGAUGAAGAUGAUGAAAAUGCUAGGCCUCUAGCUGAGUCAUUGCUUCUGGCCAUUGCGGAUUUACUUUUCUGUCCGGAAUUCACUGUCCAGAGCCACAGAAAAAAUAAUGUGGACACAGCUGAGGAUAUCCAUGCAAUUGAUAGCUGUGAAUACAUCUGGGAGGCUGGUGUUGGGUUUGCUCAUUCCCCAGCACCCAACUACAACCAUGAUUUAAACAGGACAGAGCUAUUGAAGGUCCUGCUGACUUGUUUCUCAGAGGUCAUGUACUUGCCCCCCUCUUCAGAUAGCAGUAACACUAAUCCAUGGGUCCAGUUCUUCUGUUCCACUGAGAAUAGGCAUGCACUACCACUGUUCACUUCCCUCUUGAAUAUCGUCUGUGCUUAUGAUCCAGUGGGCUAUGGGAUCCCUUAUAACCAUUUGCUGUUCUCGGACUACCAUGAACCCCUGGUGGAGCAGGCUGUGCAAGUCCUGAUAGUCACAUUGGACUAUGAUACUUCCACCAGCUCCAGUCCCACAAUAGAUGGAACUACUACUGGAACAGUCAUGGAUGAUGCUGACCCUCCGGGACCAGACAACCUGUUUGUCAAUUACCUGUCUAGGAUCCACAGAGAAGAGGAUUUCCAGUUCAUUCUGAAAGGAGUGGCCCAUCUACUCUCUAAUCCACUGGUCCAAACCUACCUGCCAAACUCUACCAAAAAGAUCCAGUUCCAUCAGGAGCUUCUGGUUCUCUUCUGGAAACUCUGUGAUUUCAACAAGAAAUUUCUCUUCUUUGUGCUGAAGAGUAGUGAUGUCCUAGACAUCCUGGUGCCAAUUCUCUUCUUCCUUAACGAUGCCAGAGCAGAUCAGUCUCGAGUUGGGCUUAUGCAUAUUGGUGUCUUCAUUCUGUUGCUGCUGAGUGGGGAGAGAAAUUUUGGGGUUCGCCUGAACAAGCCGUAUUCUGUCCGAGUACCAAUGGAUAUCCCUGUAUUUACAGGGACACAUGCAGAUCUUCUCAUCAUUGUCUUUCACAAAAUCAUCACCAGUGGGCAUCAGCGGCUGCAGCCCCUUUUUGACUGUCUCCUUACUAUCAUUGUGAAUGUAUCUCCAUACUUGAAGUCUCUUUCCAUGGUAGCUGCUAACAAAUUGCUGCAUUUGUUGGAAGCCUUUUCAACCACCUGGUUCCUCUUCUCCACUGUCCAGAACCACCACCUUGUCUUCUUUUUGCUGGAAGUUUUCAAUAACAUCAUUCAGUAUCAGUUUGAUGGCAAUUCCAACUUAGUCUAUGCCAUUAUUCGCAAGCGAAAUGUGUUCCAUCAGCUGGCUAAUCUACCUACUGACUUGCAGUCCAUCCAGAAAGCUUUGCAGCGCAAAAAGAAAGCUCCCGAACCUAUAUCUCGCACCAACUCUCAAGAUGGGGCAUCCAUGGAAGGGUCUCGACCAGCUGCACCUGCUGAGCCCGGGACGUUAAAGGCCAGCUUAGUAGCAACUCCAGGCAUUGACAAACUCACAGAGAAAUCCCAGGUGUCAGAGGAUGGGACAAUGCGCUCCCUAGAGCCAGAGUCCUCUCAGUCUCCAGCACAAGGCAGCCCCCCUGGCAUUGUCAGUGACACAGAAUCUUGGAGUGGGGAAUCAUCACAGCCCAAGCGGGAUCGACGGCGUCUGUCCAGUGCAUCAUCAGUUGGGCAGUGGAAUCCAACUCCUGAAUGGGUAGUAUCUUGGAAGUCAAAGCUGCCUCUACAGACAAUCAUGCGGCUGUUACAGGUCUUGGUCCCCCAGGUAGAGAAGAUUUGCAUUGACAAGGGCCUCACAGAUGAGUCUGAGAUUCUGAAGUUCUUGCAGCAUGGCACGCUGGUGGGGCUACUUCCUGUCCCUCAUCCCAUCCUGAUCCGCAAAUACCAGGCUAACUCUGGUACUGCUAUGUGGUUCCGCACUUAUAUGUGGGGAGUUAUUUAUUUGAGGAAUGUGGAUCCUCCCAUCUGGUAUGACACCGAUGUAAAGCUGUUUGAAAUUCAGCGAGUUUAAGGAAUGAGAAGAGAGGGGAGAUCUCACCUCCGUUGAUAUGAAAACACUGGAAACAAGGAUCCUGCUGUGUGCUUCUUCAUCACAGCUCUUCCUUCAUUUCACUGCCUGCUGAGUGAUCCAAAGGACAAUCACUUGCAUUUACUGACCUGCCACUUUAAAUCUGAGACCCUCCCUAACAAUCCUUUUCCCCAGCUCCCAGGGAACUUCGAUGGAAGAAUGUGCAAGGAAAUGCAGCCCUUGGUGGUUAUACUGAAAACCAAACAAUAGCUAUCAAGUCCUCCUUGGGUUUCUUGGUGCAGUUCUGAAGCUGAGUAGCUAAAGAUGCAGUCUUUUCGCUUCUUAGUUGGAUUCAGCCUUUCAGUUUAAAAGAUACCGAAUGUAAAGAGUUGUAUAAACUGGACAAAUGAAGGAAGUGCUACUAUAGGAAGAUGUUCUCCCCCACCCCAAAGAAUGUAUCUUAACGUCACUUCCUGUUCCUUGCUGCUGUCUAGCUUUACUGUACCUAGCCAGGGUGAGGUAGUAGUUUUUACUAGGUGGCUAUGGGGUUCUAUUUAUUUCAGUAAUUUUAGGUUAAUCUUCUUAGUUGGGUCCUUUCUGUCCUGUCGUUAAAAUGUGCUUUACUACUUUGUACUGUAGCAUCCAAAUUCCUCUUCCCUUGCCCUUCCUUCUUAGCUGUGCAGGCACUCCUUUUAAUGGUAGGUGCAUAUCUAAGAUGCAUCACAUUUUUUUAAAAAAAACUAACAUCUGUGUUGCUAGAAUUGCUGCUGGAAACGCUGUUCUAAUGUGGGAUUUGUGGCAAAAGGGUGAAAGGGGAUGGACAUGCUAUUUUUCAGGGACUUAGAUAAACUUUGUUGUGUUGGAAUAUAACAGGAUAAACAGGCAGUAAGACUGCUAGAAUGAAGUUUAAUUCUUUAGGAAGCUGCAUAGUAUGGCUUCUAUUCUGGGUUGAUUAAAUUACACUGUAAUAAAUAGUCAGAAAAAUGAGUAUUCCUCUCUAGCAGAGCUUGUGAGGGAUUGUCAAAGGCUGAUUGACAGAAUGCAUGUCUUGGGAUGUGCCUUCGGGGAAUUUGAAAGGUAUUCUCACAGAAGAAUGUGAAUUUUCUAUUUUUGGAAUUUGAACUUGAUGCUUACACCCUGAUUAGCUGAAACAAGUUAAUUAGUUUUGUUUCUUAUGAUGUAAGCCAACACCCCCCUUGCAAAUAUGGCCAGGGAAUGACUGAUCCAUUUCUGGCUGAUCACUGCUUGAUUCAAAGGUUUUUCAGACUCUCCAGAAGGCUCUCCAAGGAUUCAUGGGCUGCCAGUUCGGGAUCACAUUUGAAUAAGGCAACUCUUGCUCAGUAUGGGUAGUUCCUGCUCACUACAGAAAAUGGCAGAUCACUUGACCCCUAAGAAGAAGUUCUGAGAUUGGGAGGCCAUGUAGGUGUUAAUUUAUUUUACAGAUUGCCAUUUUCAAAUUUCCAGGUUGCUAAAAAUUGGCAGCCCAUAGAAAAGUUUGGUUGAGUAUGCAAAAUUUAGUACCAAUGCAGUGUGCUUAUUAUGCUCAAGAACAUACAUUCUAGGUUACUUUAUUAUUGAACAAAAUAGGCACAUUCUAGAUUUUAUCUAGAGCUUAUUCUAGAUAUUCAGAAGAUGAGAAUAGAGGCUGUUUGUCCUUGAAAUUUUUGAUGUCACCCUUUUCUCAUUGGCAAAACUCAUCUGUUCAUUUCACUUGAAGUCUAUAUUUUUCCUGGAGUGUCUUUGAUCUCUCAAAUGUGAUUUGGUAGUGCCAGGGUCUGGCUGAUUGUACCACAUUUGCUCUCUGUAUCAGACACUGAUCUGUAUCUUUCCCUUAGAUACACAAACACACACACACACUUUUGUGACCCUCUCAUCUUUUUAUUUUGUGUUAAUGUGGUUUUUUCCUUAUCUUGACUUUUGCAUUCUUUGGUGUUGCAGGUCUGCUCUUGUUCCAUGAAAAAUCAAAAUUGCACUGUAAACUUGCUUUACAUAUAGAGAUAAAAUGAUCUGAAAACACUACAACUGGCUUUACUCUUAUCACAUGAGGUUUAUGAGCUUGUUUGGUACUGUUUGAUUUAUGAUGAUCUGGCAUCCUUUGCAACAUGUACCUUUCCGUUAAAGGCAUGGCUGCACAGGAGUUCCUGAUUUGACACUUUACUGCUAAAUGGAAGCAGCACCUGAAGAGAAAUGAUACAGAAUUGUACAGAGCAUUUGCACAGCUACUUGCAUUUGCUAGCAGAAAGGCAUAGGGUGGGUAUGGCUGUACAUGAAUGCCUUAUUUAUUUAAGGAUUCAUAAGCUGCUUCCCAACAAGUGUUUCUGAUGCGGUGUGCAACAUAUAUAUAAAAAUUGUAAAAAAUGAAAUAUACAUGACAAUCUAAAAAAGUCUUGAAAGCUUCAAAUUACAAAAUUCUGUAUAGUAUCCAACAUAAAAUGGCUGAGCCAUUUUGGCUUUCUUCAAGGAAAGCUUUCUUUAAAAGAUAAGUUUUCAAUAGCCAACUAAAAUAAAAAAUGCUAGGUGUUUAAGUUCACUCGGAAGCUGAUAAGCUUAAGCUAUAACACUAAAGGCCUGGUUUCUUGUUGAUGUCGGGUGUACCUCCGGGGCACACGGAACUCUUAACAUUACCUGAUCAGAAGAAUGCAAUUGCUGGGCAGGGAUAUAUGGGACAAGGCAGUCUCUCAGGUAGCCUGGCCCCAAGUUGUAUAGGGUUUUAUAUGCUAAAAGCAAAACCUUGAACUGAGCCAGGUGGCAGUCGGUGCAGUCAACAGCCUGGCUGCUGCAUUCUGCACUAGCUUCAGCUUCUGGACUAUGCUCAAAGUAAGCCCCACAUAGUGUGUUGCAGCAAUCUGAUCUUGAGGAUGCCACUACAGUGGCCAAGUUGUGGUCCAGGAAUGGCUGCAGCUGUCUUAGCAGCCAAAGCUGGUAAGGAGGCACUCCUAGCCACUUAGGCUACUUGUGCCUCCAGUGACACAUGGAUCCAGGAACGCCCUAGGACUGCAUAUCUGUUCCUUGAGAGGGAGUGCAACCCUGUUGAGAGCGUGUAACAGACCUAUUUGUCAGACAAGGGAACCAUUUGCUCACAAGGCCUCCAUCUUGCCAGGGGUUAAACUUUAUUUGCCCUCAUCCAGCCCCCCCCCCCAACCAGCAUACAGGUUUUUAGGAUUAACGUGUGCAGAAUGACAGCAUCUACAAAGCAAUAUGGAAGCCAAAGGAACUGACAUGAAUUUGAAAAUUGUUCUGACAAGAACGGGAGUUUACUAUUUUCAGAAUCUGAAUGGGAUGUUUAGACUUUGAUUAGCUGAUGCAAUGAAUUGAUUUGAACUUAGCUGUGAUAGAAUAGGUUUAGCCCCCCUGUGUGUAUUCCACACUGCCCCACUUCACCAUACAGAGUUCUUUGUUGCAAGAUCUCUAAUCCUUUCCCUGAUUCUUCAUUUAAUAAAGAACUAGCCUUUCGUAAGUUCCUUUGAUGGGAUCCUGUGCUUCAGCCUGUGAAGAAUGGGGUAAUAAUUAACUUUUAAGAGUGCUAAUUUAUCCAGCUCUUAUUUCUUCUGACAGUUUCUAUUGACAUAAGGCUGAGUAAAAUUAGCAGAGAUGCAAAGUCCAAACUCCUAAGACUUUUUGCCCUGUUUGAGUGAAAUAGUCUCAGCACUGUUAGAUGGAAGUUCCUUGGAAUGGGAGCCUGCUUAAGCCUUGUGCACCCUAUUUCGUCUUGCAGAACUCUUUGUAAAAAGGAAGCCAAGUCCCAGAUCUUAACCAAUAGCGCUAGGGAGUGAUUUAUUUUGCAGGAGAGCAAUAAAACAAGAAGUGUUUACACUUCCAUCUAUUAGCCUUCAGCAACAAGACGGAUUUAGAUAGUGCUAAAAGAUGAAUUGAUCGCAAAGCUGGGCACAGCUUUUAAUCCUUUAUAUAAUCAAUCACCAGACUGAGUCAAGACUAUUAUAAUUAAGAGGCAGCUUUUCAUUGUGUUCCACUUGUUUUGCUAUGUCCUGAACACAGGUGAAAUGAUGACAGCACAUGCAAUAAACUCUGAACAUUUAGCUAUAUUAUCUGCUUAAUGAUGCUGGGGGCUUUUCAAGGUUCACCACAGUUCUUUCCUUAUUGUUGCAGAUCAAAUGCUUUCAGUCUCAAAACUCUAUAUUGUACCUCUUAAAUCUAUUUGUUCCCUAUUUAGUAUGUUUUCAGGUAUUGUGUGUACCAGAUAAAUAAUGAAAACAGAAUUAGACUAUUGGUCUAUACUAACUUAUAAAAUGUGUAGUUGCAUCCUGAACACCUCAUGGAAUAAAGCAAAGUAU